AUGCCAACUAGGGCAGAACGCCCUAAUUUAAUGCCUUUUCAGGACACUCAGUACAGUUGGACUGAUGAUUUGCCAGUUUGUAAGCAAUCCGGAGUAGGAUUUUCUACGAAUCAAAUUUAUCGCGAGGAUGGAUAUAGACAAGAGGAACAUUCGUUCGAGGAUCGCAGCUUUCAUUGUCGUUACGAUGACUCGACGUUCCUUUACGGAGUGUUUGAUGGUCAUGAAGGAACAAACGCAGCAAACUUUGCUAUGCAGCGAAUGGCUGCAGAGAUUUUAUUGGGUCAGUUAAAUGGUAAAUCGACCGAUGAGGAGAUCAAAGAAGUUCUUCGACAGGCAUUUAUAGCUGUAGAACGAGGGUAUCUAGACUCUAUUGGUGAUCUUCUGGCUGAACGAGCCAGCCUGCAAUUUGAUAUACCUGAUGGUUUAAAUUCUUACGAAACAUAUCAAAAAUUUCCUCAUUUGGUUGAUAAACUGAACUCGUUGAAUUGUGAGCUAUCAGCAGGAGCUAGUGCAGUUGUAGCUCUUGUAUAUGGUGGAAGGUUAUAUGUUGCAAAUGUUGGUGACAGUAGAGCUUUAUUAUGUAAAACAGACAGUAAUCAGGUGUUAAGAGUUGUACAGUUAAGUGUUGAUCAUGAUUUAAGGAAUGAGGAUGAAUUGUUACGAUUAGCUCACUUAGGACUAGAUACUGAUUCCAUAAGACAAGGAUCUCAUCUUGGAAAUCAAGAAAAUACACGUUGCCUUGGAAAUUAUCUUGUUAAGGGAGGUUAUAGAGAAUUUGAAGAAUUGGCAACUGCCACAGCAGAGCCCAUUAUUGCUGAACCAGAAAUUCAUGGUGGAAUAGAGCUUGAUGAAUCGUGCAGGUUCUUAUUACUUAUGUCCCGAGGUCUUUAUAAGUCAUUAGAAGAAGCAACUGGUACUGAUCAAGUUAAUAAAGAAUUAGCACUCAUAGCUGUUGAACAGUUUCGUGUACAGUCUACAUUGACUGGAGUCGCUCAAGCUGUUGUAGAUAAAGUUGUAAGAAUUCAUCAUGAUAUAAAUAUGAGUAUCUCCCAAAGUACAGUGACUACUGGUAAACGAGACGAUAUAACUCUUCUCGUACGGAAUUUUAAUUUUCCGCUUUUGAACGCAUUAAAAAGUCCAACCAGUCAGUCGGUUAGAUUUAAUCCGAUUGUGGAAACUGCUCCGAUAAUAACAAUGCCAGAGAAUGAGGAUUAUUCAAGUACAGGACUUACAGAUGAAAAUUUGGAUGGAUCGACAAGUGAAACUUCAACAUCAGAUAUGUAUCCUCCUGGUGCAAAGCGAACAGAUCGAAACGCUAGGAUUAAGUCUUACGUUAAUUUUUCCGAAUAUUAUGAAAAUGUAGAGAAGAGACGACGAGAGGGAACUUUACCCGAAGGCAUAAAUUUCUAG